CCGGCACGGAUCGACCACGCAAUAUAUGCUCCAUCUUCAAUUGGUGAAGAGCGGUACUGGUCUUUGUGUAGCCAUUGUUAUCGGAAUCUUGUUCAUGAGUCGAGUCUUGCCCAACGGUCGGACAUGAUAGCAAGUCGGUUUCAAUUGGUUUGCCUGGCCGAUGGUCGCCGUAGCGUCGGCCAAGGGACUACGAGUUACCAUGCCAAGCGCCGUAGCGCCAUAUCUUCGGGCAAGCUACGCCAAAGGUGCUAUUCAGGCCAUUGGUCACAGUUGAGGUGUGUGAUAGGUAGAAGGUGAGAUAGGAUGCGGAGAUGAGGAGACAUACUGAUUAAUUGCUCGGCUAGCGUAACAUGACUCUCUCGGACCCAUGAUAAAUGCUCAGCUUAGCCCCCAGCACGAGGAACACGAUUACAUGAUCACUUCUUCAUACAACUUGAAUAUGCUCUCCAAGACACCCGCGUCAGAUUUCGAAGGACCUGUCUGGCACCGUUUCGUCAGGUUUAUAGCUGACGAUGGCCUUGAGUACUGCGGACAGCCAGAGAACGAGGAUCUCGAUGUCGGUCUGGCCAUGCUGGACAACAUCCCAGUGGCGGUCAAUCUACUCGACGCAAAAUCGGCGCUCGAUAGUGAUGCCGACUUUACCGGAGAGCAGAAGCACAUAUCUAAGUUAUUAUCACCCAUCAGCGUCGAGGAAGCUGGCGCAAUUCAGUGCAUUGGACUCAAUUACACUGACCACGCUGCGGAGAUGAAAGUGCCUUCACCCACAUAUCCCGAGGUAUUCCUCAAGCCGGCGACCACUAUCACAACAGCUACGGCGCCAAUCAUCAUUCCAAAGACAUGCCAUAAUCAAGUCGAUGGCGAAGUCGAGCUCGCAAUCGUGAUCGGAAAAGAUUGCAAAGACUUGAGCCUCGACAACGCCAUGGAUAGUGUUCUUGGCUAUACAGUUGCAAACGAUGUGACUGCUCGCAAGUUUCAGGCACGGGGAAGCCAGUGGGGAUUCAGCAAGGGUUUCGACACCUUCUGUCCGCUCGGUCCCGUGAUUGUCAGCAAACACUCAUUGCCUGAUCCGAACGUGCUGCGGCUAAAGACAACCUUGAACGGAAAGGUGAUGCAGGAUGGAUUGGCAAAGAACAUGAUCUUCAGCGUAGCGGAGAUUCUGGCAUAUCUGUCAAGUGGACACACCUUGAAGAAAGGCACAGUGAUAUUGACAGGUACCCCCAGUGGUAUCGGAGCGAGUUACAACCCACCCAUCUAUCUGCAGAGGGAUUCGGAUCUGAAGGCGUUCAUCAGCCAUGGCUUAGGUACCUUAGUAAACCCCAUUGUGUAGAAAAUAAGAGGAAUUCAC